GAAGCCCUGCAAGGAACCUGAGUUUCCCUGAGAGUCCCACUCCCUGGCCUAAGUCUGCCUAAAUCCAGACCUAAUGGCUAGCCAUGUCUGUUACUGUGAGAAAACAAACUCAUUCUGAAAAUACAGGCUCAUCAAUAUACAAUCUGCGCUGGUUUAAUACGUGACAAGGAGGCAAGCCAGCAGUGGAGAACAGCAAUGGAUAUGAUGCAUUUAAGCAAGCAAGAGAAAUUAAGGACGAAAAGGCGGAAGAGUUUCUGAAAAAUCAGACUGUGCACUUCAAAAUAAUGCCACGAAGAAUCCUCAUUUUAAUCAGCUAUUGAUUACAGCUGGGGGAAUUUUCACAGACUUCACUUGAUGCUGCUUCUUAAGUGGCAUCUACUUAGCUGCUGCUCUUUGACAAGGGGUGCCGACAUCAAGCAAGGAAGAGCAAGGAAAAAGCAGUUUGACCCACUGUACUUCUCAGUCACUGGAGGCUGAAUACCCCUUUGGAAAUGGAGCUUUAGAAGGGGCUCCAAGCAAUGGUAGUUUCUGUUCCAUGAGUCACAAGUGGUGUCAGAGAGGGCAGGGGCAGGCCUGAUGGCUACUGCUGCUCCUGCACACGCAGGACAAGCCCUGUGAUGGCAGAUCCACAGCUUUUGGGGAUUUGUUCUUUGCCUAUACUGCAUCACUGAUGCAAAUCUACAUGGAGAUUUAGAUUACUUUAUUCUCUUCCCUAUGUUUUCUAUUAAACCAUGUUUGUAGAGGAUUAUAAACAGUUGAUAAGUAAAGCUCCAAUAUUAACGUGAAACAAACAAAGUGCUUUAGAUAAUACAUGCAGAAUUUAGACCCAUUUUCCUCAGAUAUAAUCAGAGCAGUAAAGCAGGUCACAGUAAGGCUAAAUCCUCAACUGGAUAAGAAAAAAGGCAUUUUGCUGGCAGACACAAGCUUUCCUUGUCACCCUCUGUGGUGCAGCCACAUGGUUGUGAUUGGCCAUGGAGAACAGAGAAAGUCCAGGUCUGUCUGAGAAACAUUAAACGUACCCUAAAGCUUCCACAAUUCUCCAAGCUUUGUAACCUUCAGCAAAAGGCAAGCAUAACAAUAGUCUUGAGUUUUGUAUUCUGAAAAACAAUGACACUUUAGAAGUUUGAAAGUAAAAACGGUUAACAACCUAGCCAUAUCCUCAUUUCACACCAUCCUGCAAAACUGGAAGAAGGAAAGCAGCUACUUCACCUCAAAGAUUGACAGAGACCGCAGGCUUCACUGGCACAACUGUGGGAAGACUAUGGGAUGGCUUGGCAUCUUUCCUAGCAAAUUCAGGACCAAAUGGUGAAAGUGGUGAUCCAAAAGACUCUAGACUGACAUUUAUGGAUUCUACUUGGAUUCUGAUCUUUACAUGGAAGUAACGGAGAAUGCCAAGAAAUGGAAGCUGCUGCUAGUAAAAGAAGAAAAGCAGAGUAUCAUCAGGGUUAAUAGCUCCUGCUUGAGAUCCAUGAAUGAUUACAGAGCUACUUUUCUAUAUCGAACUUUCAAGUUUCAUUAAUAAUAUGCUGCCUCUCUGGGACAUAGGUACAUUCAUGGUAAGAAGGCUAUUUAUUCAUUACACUGAAUAAAAGAGCUACAGGAACAAUGGCUUCAAAGGUUUCCUGCUUAUAUGUUUUGACAGUAGUUUGUUGGGCAAGCGCUCUUUGGUACUUAAGUAUAACUCGUCCUACUUCUUCCUACACUGGCCACAGACAGUUCAAUAGCAUAUCAAUAGCCAGAAAAAAUGUCUCCUUUGGCAAUAUAAGAACUCGACCUAUUAAUCCACAUUCAUUUGACUUUCUCAUCAAUGAACCUAAUAAAUGUGAGAAGAGUGUCCCCUUCUUGGUCAUUCUUAUCAGCACAACUCACAAAGAAUUUGAUGCAAGGCAAGCAAUUCGAGAAACGUGGGGAGAUGAGAACAACUUUAAAGGAAUUAAAAUUGCUACGCUAUUUCUUCUCGGAAAAAAUGCAGAUCCUGUGCUAAAUCAAAUGGUAGAGCAAGAAAGCCAAAUUUUUCAUGACAUUAUUGUGGAGGAUUUUAUUGACUCUUAUCAUAACCUCACUCUGAAAACUUUAAUGGGGAUGAGGUGGGUAGCAACAUUUUGUUCAAAAGCAAAGUAUGUUAUGAAGACAGACAGUGAUAUUUUCGUAAACAUGGAUAAUCUUAUUUACAAGCUGCUCAAACCCAACACCAAGCCAAGGAGAAGGUACUUUACCGGCUAUGUUAUAAAUGGAGGACCAAUAAGAGAUGUUCGCAGUAAAUGGUACAUGCCCAGAGAUUUGUAUCCUGAUAGCAAUUACCCACCAUUCUGUUCAGGCACCGGCUACAUUUUUUCAGCUGAUGUAGCAGAACUAAUUUACAAAACCUCCCUUCACACCAGACUUCUUCAUCUUGAAGAUGUGUAUGUAGGACUCUGCCUUCGGAAGCUUGGCAUUCACCCCUUCCAAAACAGUGGCUUCAAUCACUGGAAAAUGGCCUACAGCUUGUGUAGGUAUCGCAGAGUGAUUACAGUGCACCAGAUAACGCCAGAAGAAAUGCACAGAAUUUGGAAUGACAUGUCAAGCAAGAAACAUCUUAGAUGUUAAGAUUUUUACAGAUGUAAAUACCUUUUUUGGUUUGCUUUAGUUUGGUUAUUUUUUGACAGAAAGCGAUCUGCUGAUUUACAGGUUAAACUGUGGGAUAUUACCUGUGAGAGGGUUUUUAAUGACUGAUUUCUCAUUCUUGUUUUGACUACUAGUUUACAGACUUCAGGCUCUUUCCAUAAGAACAUUACACCAAUCAAAAGGGUAUAGAGUCAAAGCUCCGAUUUUGUAUAUUACUCCCUCUCACGCACAUCAGCUCCUGCAUCUGUACGUAAAAGAUAGUAAUAAACUAUCCUGAGCUGCUUAGCAGUUCAUGCCCUAGCCUCUGAGAUAAGACUUAGGCCCUAAGAAAUGAAGAAUUAAAAAUAUACUUUUAUCCCUUUUUGACACCCUACAACCAUCCUCGUUUAGAGCUUUAUUAAUAAUUUACAUGAUAUAUAUUUGCACUGAUCUUAUACACCUGUCCCGGUGUGCAUAUUUUAGAGUACAAUGCGUGCAAUCUCAAAACAGCUUACUGAUGAUUCAAUAGCAGAAUUUAGACAGGUAAGAAUAACAAGUAUCAUAGGCCUCAGAAACAAGCAUUUACAUUGAAGUACAUUUAUAUCCCCAAAAUGGCAUUCCUAUGAAUUACUUCAGAAAAUAUCCCAUUUCGUUCCACUGUCAGCCUAAAUUAGCCCCUAAAGCAAUUUAAAAAAAAAAAAUAACCUGUGGGUAAAAUGCAAGACACAGGAGAUGCAUGAGACAAACUAUCUUAAAUAUACAUUAUAAAAGUAUUAAUAUAUUUUAACUUUUAAUUUUAAAUUGCAACGUUUCUCAUUAGUACCGGUGUAUGUAGAUCUCUCCAUGCAAGUACUAGCAGUACUUUGAUAGUGUUAUUGGACAUGUUAUGGAGACACAUUUUUAGAAAAUUAAUUAUUUUAAUUAAAAUUAAUGGUCACACGCAGCAAUAUAUAGUAUUAUUGAAUAGUAAAAAUAUCAACUAAUAAGCAGCAUAUUCCUUCAACAUCAGUCGGCACACUAUUUACCUGAAAAAUAAAACACAGAACAACCUUUCUGAAGGAUAAGCUCUACUUUUUGCUAUAGUACACAGGUAAAUGAGAUUACUCAAGAUUUUUAAUGGUGUAGAAGACCAGAAUUUUGUCCAGUAAAGGAACGCAAUCAAUUUUCUGUUGACUGGGCAACAUACAGAUUCUAUAACAGUUAUGUACAACUUUCAGAGCAAAAUAGAGCUUUUAAGAAUCACUUAUAGCCUUUGUUACAAGUUUGCAGCUCCCAGGUCGCUCAUCACAGAACCAAAAAGUCACUGAGGUCCAACUCAAGAAAGCAUCAAAACUCAAGAGAUCCCCAAAGCAUGUGAUAAAAAUCAAGUGCACAAGAUUUUAUUCAAGUUUCAAAAUGUACUUACGUGUCUUGAAUAUGAAUGAAAGUGUGAUGAAAAUUACUUUCUGGAAAUGUCUUUGAUAAGUUCAAACCAUCUCCAUUCAGCACCAUCUUGUAACAAAGAACGAAACAUGACAGUGUUCCGCAAAUAAUUUGGAACGAAGAAUUCACAGACAAGUCACAGCAAUACAAAAUUCACCAAACACAUUACUAGCUGCAGAUUACUCAUAACGGCCGCAGCGCGCACACACGUCUCCUUCAUUUCAGCUGGAGUUACGUGUAACGUAUGAAAAGCUGGUAAGGCUGUACAUCAUUCAGGAUGUCUAUAGAGUUGUCAGAAAUUAACUGAAUCAGAAUUUAAAGAAAACUCUGAACUGAUUUUGCUUUUUCUAUUAUUUGAUAUCAUGCCAUAGGUGUACAUAGCACUUUACAACAGUAACAGACAAAUAAAGAUGCUACUCCAAGAGGUUUGCAGUUUCAUGACAAAUUGUCAUGAAUUUGUGAACAUUAUUCACAAAUUCAGCACUAUUGUUUUGAAAAGAACUACUUGUAAAUAAGGUAAACAGUAUUUGGCCUUUAAACCACAAACAGUAGAAGUCUCAGACUUAAGAGACUUCAGAUUUCAGAUUUAAAGGUGAAGCUACACAGUAGAUAACCCAUGAGUUACUGCUAAUCAGCAGGAGCUUGUACAAAUAACAAUCAGAAAUUUUACAUAAAAAUACUGACUCUCUUACAGUGUAACUAAGAUUUAGCCUUCCCAGUUGACCUAGCCCUUGUUAAAGUUGCUCUUGCUUCCAGUAAAACAAGGUCCAAUUAAUUGCACCUAUAUGUAUAUAAUAUACAUUAUAAUAUAUAUACACAUACAUACAUCAGGUGAAAUUCAGCUUUCCAUACCCAAGCCACAAUAUGUGCAGUUUAUGAAGUGAAACUAGGGUGAAUUCUUCCCCAGCCCAUAUGUAAAUCACAUAAUACAGAUGCAGUCCUAUCAUGGACACGCUUUGUAGUAAGUUCAACCAGGAGGCUACAAUCACUUCUGCUAUCCCUCCACACUGUGCAGUCACUUAGGGUUUCUGAAUCCACAGUUGAAUGGAUUUGGUGGCCUUACUUCUCCCAUUGACACUUCUGUAGCCUUUCGUUAGAAACUAAGAGGACAGUAGGGCUCCCAAUCCCAAUCCCUCAGGGCUCAAGUGGUAUGGCAGCCUUGAAUUUCCCCUAAUAUGAGUAGAUUGCAUUAAUGAAUGGAAGGUACAUCUUGAAAAUAAUAUCUGAAAAAUGUAUUUCCUGGCAUUUAUAAAUAGGUAGAUCGUCAACAGAAAUGUAAAUGUUCAUCUUGGAACUUAUGUAUAUAUUUCCAAGGCAUUUUCUUCUGUAUUCAGCUGUAUAUAUGUGUAGAGUCUGCUUGUUAUGUAGUAUUCUGUUAUGCAUGGAGCUGAGUUAGGCAUUAUAUUUGUCCAGUGUUUCAAGAGCCUUAAGCAUGUGUGCCCUAACUUUUGAAUGUACAAGAAAUCUUUUUGUUUGGUCAGGUAAAUUAAAAACACACACACACACACACACACACACACACAUAACAACAACAAAAGCCUAAUUUUCUACUUCUAUUAAUUUUCUGAUACUAUACUUAACUAGCUUGUUACAACUAUAAAAUAGAUUUAAUAUUUUCUCUUUGUUCAAAAAUCGCAGUAUUGCAACCUAGAGCUACAAGGGGAGCUAGAAAGGGAGCAAUACAUCUCCUCAUAGGGACUGUUUACAGUCCCUUUCACUCAGAAGUAUUUGUGUCGCACUGGGUACCCGUUACGUUACAGCAGUGUUUGUAUUGGGCUUCCUUUAAUCAAAAGAAAUACUGGUGUUAUUUAAAGGUCAUUUUCUUUCAUUGUGCAUGGGGCAAAUGACAACUUGGUUAAGAUGUGGUGGCUUUUAAUCACUUCCAUCAAAAUGUGAAUAUAAUUGAAUUUCAAAAUGUACAUGAACAAAGCACAUAGAACUGAGAAGCUACAGGGGGAAAAUCCCUCUCUUUUGGAGGAUUUUUUCACAAUAGCAUUUUUUGCUAAAUCCUUGGGAAUAUUUAAACAGAAGACUCAAGAAUCAUUUUCCAUCUUUCCUAAUAAGAUUGAGUAUCAAUUCUGAUUCUUCAUGGGGAUUUUUUUUUGUCUUUAUAAUGUAGAAUGGCAAUGGCAAUUUGUAAAUGAAGAGUGUAAUUAACUAGAAAAACUUGUUGACAGUAACCGAACUUUAGGUGUAAUCAUUAUAUGACUGGCUGUACCUAUGUAUUUAUUUGUCUAAAUUGUAUAUAUUGUUUUAUCUAUAGUGUCUGUAGAAGUGCAUUCUUUUAGAUUAAAGUAUUAUUUACAGUUUUGUGGGAUUGCCAGCAAAGCUGCUAAUCAAAAUACUAUUUUUUUGUAUCAAUGUUAAAUAAAAAAAAGAAGUCAAAUGAAAAAUUGAAGGUGUCAUGUACAGUUUUAUUCACCCCUCUAGAAAUAUAAACGCUACUAUCUGAAAGCAUGAUACCAAUGAGUAGGCUCAUCUGUCACAGGAGAGAGCACUGUUCUGUAAAAGCAGAUUUUUUUUUUAAUCAUUGGCAAAAGUAAAGAAGAAAAUAUCGCAUUUAUUCAUUAUUUGUGCAAUAAUUUAAUCAAACUGAUGCUCACACUGAUUAGGCGUACUACUUCAUUUGACUCCAAAUAGUUAAUCUUAAAACAGUGAUGGCAUUAUCUAGCAAGUUAACUGAUGGGUUUAUCAGCUGCUUUGCUUCAUACAGCUGCUUUGGCAUCCCCAGCUAAUAACACUAUAAAGUUAGGCAAUUCUAAGGUGGAGAUUGUGUUUUGCCCAGUAAAAUGACUGUUCCUCUA